CGCAAUUUUGUAAAAUUCGUGUGCCUCAAAGGUGAAAGUCCACUGGAGCAGUGGAGAGACUUCACUGAAGACCUUUCUCUCAGUAAUGAUGGAGUAAAAAAAAAGAAGAAAAAAGCUAGAACAGCCUGAACAGGAAUCAAAAGGACAAAAUGAUCUCUCUCCUGUUUGUUGGAGCUUUUCUCUGGUUUGCAGUAGCAGCACAGAAACCAGUUUGUCUCAUUACUGCUCCGUAUGUCGUUCACUUGGGAGUGGAUGAGACGGUGAGCGUGCAACUGCACGGAGCAUCCAAAACCGUCCAUGUACUUCUGUACUUCCAAAUGCAAUUGAACCGCGAGGUGGUGUCGGACAAGCAAAUCGUGACUCUAUACGACGCCAAUCACUAUCAAGCCAUCGUGAACCUCAAGGUCGACCCGCUCAAGUACCAUGGUCAAGACCAGCAGCAAUCGUACGUCCAGCUUGUUGCAGAAAGUGAGCAGUUGUUUGAAAGUAAAAGGGUGGAAAACAUCUUGUUGUCAACCAGAAGAGGGCACAUAUUCAUCCAGACAGACAAGCCUAUCUAUAAUCCAGGAGAGAAAGUACAGUAUAGAAUCUUCACUUUAGACAACUACAUGCUUCCCAUAGAUGAUAUAAUCGUCGUUAAAAUAUAUAACUGCAAGGGCCUUCUGGUUUAUAGUCAUGUGAUAAAAUCCAAACACAUUCUGGACCGGAGUAUCACUAUUCCGGAUGUGGAGUUAGCUGGUCACUGGAACAUCACCGCCUCCUACAAGAACUACAAAAAAUCCAUCAGCUCGGUGGAAUUCGAAGUCCGGGAAUACGUUCUGCCCUCGUUUGAGGUGAAUAUCAAGGCAUUUGAACCCUACCACACCCUGAGCAAUGAUAUUUUUCAGUUCAACAUCUCUGCCAGGUACACCUAUGGUAAGGGGGUCAGUGGUGUGGCAUACGUACGGUUCGGCCUCGUGGAUGGCAUCGGAGAGAGGACUUUGUUACCUGGCACUGAGAAACAGGCUGCAGUUGAGGAUGGCGAUGUUCGCAUUUUUGUGCUCACUUCAGAGCUGGAGAGUGCAGCAGCUAAUCAGAACAUAUCACACAUCGAAGGCCUCUACCUGUACAUAGCUGCCACAGUCCUCGAAAAAGCAAGUGGAGAUCUGGAGGAAGCUGAGAGCUCCUCCGUCAAGAUCGUCACCUCUCCAUACGUCAUCGAUUUGUCCAAGACGAAGAAAUAUUUCUCUCCGGGAGGCAUGUUCUCCGUUCGGGGCACUACCACCUACCCAGACGGCUCGCGCGUCCCGCACAUGAAAAUCAAGGCCGUCAUCACCAUAAAUCCAAAUCUGGAAACUCUGACUGCAGAGAGCACUGGGGACAACAUGGGCGAGAUAGCCGUCAGCUUUAAAGUGCCCAGGCUGGCUACAACUAUGUUCAUAAUGGUGAGUGCAGAGGGACGCCCCGGGGAAGUCAUGAUUAGCGAUGCAAAGAUGGAGGUCUUGGCUGUUGAGGCCGCGGGGGAGAGCUACCUGAGUGUGGAGGUGCCAGCUCAGGUCUUGCAGCCGGGACAAAACCUGCAGGUCACCUUCAGAGACGUCACGCCGCCCACUGCAAGGCCCUCACACAUCUACUACCUGGUCGUCAGCAAGGGGCGAGUGCUGAGGGUAGACGCGGUGCCGCGAACGGAUCUGACCUCCGUGCGCCUGGACUUCUCUGCGGACAUGGCUCCCUCCUUCCGUCUCGUCGCCUACUACUACACGGAGCGCGGCGAUGAAAUAGUGGCGGACUCCGUGUGGGUGGACGUGAAGGACGUGUGCGAAGGAAAGGUAGAGAUAGCUCCGUUUGCCGACAUGAAACCUGCACAGCAUUUUGAGGUGUCGGUCCGCACCGAUUGGGACAGCACGGUGGCUCUUUCGGCGGUGGACUCGGCUGUGUACAUCCUCAACAAGAAAAACAAACUGAGUCCACAGAAGAUGUUUGACUACAUGAACUCCUAUGACCUGGGCUGCUCCAUGGGCGGUGGGAAAAACUCUGGCUCGGUUCUGCAAGGCGUCGGACUCACCUUCAUCUGCAGCUGUAGAACACGACCAAGCGUGAUUGCAUAUCACGUGUGUAAUAAAGAACCACGCCGGCAAAAGAGGGACCUUCAGUACAACAAAAUCGCCAACAGAUUCAAUCACAAAGACAGGAAGUGCUGUAAUGAUGGCAAGAAAUUGGGUCUGAUGCCGGCGAAGUCAUGUGACGAGAGGCUGAGACAGACGGCGCACCAGACUGAGAGCUGCCGCCGCGCCUUCAAAGCGUGCUGCGAGGCCGCUGCCAAGUACAGGAAGAACACCAGCCGGCAGGCACGGAUACGGCACCUCGGAAGAACCUCCGACUCUUACAUCGAGGACUUGAUUGACGAGGUUGGCCUCCACCUCCGGAGCUAUUUCCCCCAGUCUUGGAUGUGGGUUGUCAUGCAGCCACACGCCUCCGGCGACAUCAGGUAUGCCACAGUUACUCCAGACUCUAUAACAACAUGGGAAGUCCAAGCUGUGAGUGUUUCACCGUCAAAAGGAUUUUGUGUGGCUGAUCCACAACCGCUGAGAGUUUUCCAAGACUUUUUUGUGUCUGUUAAACUGCCUUACUCGGUGAAGAGGAACGAGCAACUUGAGCUGAAAGCAGUCGUGUACAACUACAAACAAAACAGCUUGAAGGUCACUGUGAAGUUGGAGAAGGUGGAGGGUCUCUGCACCGCGGGCGGGGGUGACGUGAGGGAGAACAUCUUGGUGGCGGGCCAGUCUGCUACAGCCGUCUAUUUCACUGUGGUGCCGCUCGUCGUCGGCAGCCUUCCCAUCAACGUGCUGGCGUACACGUCGGCCUUCACCAGCGAUGGCGUGCAGAAACAGCUCCGAGUCGUGGGGGAGGGGGAACUGGUCUCCAUCCAGAUGGAAUAUAACAUCAAUGCAAAGAGUGACAAAAAAAUGGAACUUCACCUUCUCGAUCCAGAGGAUAAGGUGCCAGGGCAGGAUUCUGCCACCUAUAUGAGCUUUAAAGGGGGCGUGAUGGGGGAAUCAGUAGAUAAUUGUCUGAACCUGAAGGGUGUGGAACAGCUCAUCCAGCUGCCCACAGGCUGUGCCGAGCAGACCAUGGUGAAGCUGUCUCCUGCCAUCCACGCCAUCCGGUACCUGGAUGCCACCAACCAGUGGCUUUACCUCAAUGCUGAACGCAGGGAGGAGGCCCAAACCAUGAUCCAGUCUGGUUACAACCGAAUCCUCACGUACAAGAAGGACGAUGGAUCCUAUGGGGCUUUCCUGAAAACACCCAGCAGCAUUUGGUUAACUGCCUUCAUUGCUAAGGAGCUCACAGGAUCAAGGGCCAUAAUCGAAGUACAAGAUUUGUACAUUCAAGAAGCCAUGAGCUACCUGAUGUCCAAACAGAAAGCCACAGGGUCGUGGGAUGACCCAAACCCGCUCUAUGACAAACAAAUGAAGGGUGGAGUUGGACAGACAGACGAUGUUAUACCCCUGACUGCGUUCAUCCUUAUAUCAAUGAUACACGCUAAGCAAAUAUAUGAGCUGGGAACAGGCACGGAACUGAUCGUAGCCAUGAGCAAAGCAGAGUCAUAUCUGGUAGAGCGUUUAGACAUGAUCGAGAGCCCUUACGCUAUGGCCAUUACAGCCUAUGCACUGUCUCUGAAGAACCCCCAGAGCCAGGAGGCCCAGCGAGCUCACAGGAAGCUGAUGCAAAUGGCCACCUGCGACAAAGAUCGGUGUUUCUGGGAGGCAAGAGGGAAGAAGGCGGCCCUGGACGGGAGGGCCGACGCCCUUAGCGUGGAGGCCACUGCCUACGGCCUGCUCCAUGCCGUCAGCAUGCAGGACAAGGUCCAGGCGCUGCGCAUUGCCACCUGGCUGACUCAACAGCGCAAGUACGGCGGAGGCUUCCGCUCCACACAGGACACGGUCAUAGCUCUCGAGGCUCUGAGCAAGUUCAGCAUUCACAACAAUGAUGUGGAAGAUCUAGACUUGAAAGUGGAGAUGUGUGUGAACAACGGGCGCGCGCAGAACCUGCAUCUGACCAGGAAAAACGCACUGACCCGAGAAGUCGUCCAAGUCAAAGAAGUAGGAAAAGUAGCCAUAAAUGUAAAGGGACGAGGAAAAGGAACAUUAACGAUCGUGCAGGUAUACAGGUCUCUGAAAAAGGACCAAUCGCACUGUGACCACUUCCACAUCAGUGUCCAGGUGGAUGGAGAGCUCGUCCUCAAACAUCAAGAGGAACAGGAGCAGUACGAUGACUACUAUCACUACGAGGCCGAAGAUGAGGUGUUCAGAGAGGAGCCCAUGAGCAGAGCAGACUGGUUUGACCUGCGCUCGCGCAGAAGGAGGCACGCGCCACAGGAGCCCAGAAAGGAGAGCGUGCUCGUUUAUACCGUGUGUUUGCGGCUGAACAAAGGAAAUUCCAGCAGUAUGGUGGUAGUGGACAUCUCGCUCCUAAGUGGGCUCUCACCAAAUAUCCAAGACCUGGAAGACAACGUGAAGGGAACAGAGAAAUACAUCGACCAUUAUGAUGUCCACCACAACAAAGUAUUCCUUUACUUCAAUCAGAUCACCGAGACAGAGGAGUGCGUGCGGUUCCGUGCGGAUCAGCUCGUUCCUGUCGGUCUUGUCCAGCCUGCCGCUGCGGUCCUCUACGACUAUUACAGCCCAGAGAGGAGGUGUGGUAUCUUCUACACUGCCCCCAAGAGCAGCACCAUGCUGAACAAACUGUGCAAGGCGGACGUGUGCACAUGUGCAGAGGGUGGCUGCGCACGGUCCAGAGUCACCUUCAGCAAGAGCAUUGAGGCGGUCACCCGUAAGAGAUACGCCUGCUACUCUCCUAGCGUUGAUUACAUUUAUACGAUCAGAAUUCUCAACUCCAGCGACGAUGCCGUUUUUACAACUUAUUCUACGUUGGUUACUAAGGUCCUUCAGACAGGCAAGGAUGUUGCUGUCCAGCCAGGCGCAUACCUGGAGAUGGCGCAGCGGGUCUCCUGCGACGACGUCCAGCUGAAGAACGACGCCAACUACCUGGUGAUGGGGGAAGACGACACCAUCUUCACAAUGAAUGAGGCCCAGAGGAGGUUUCUAUACAUCCUGGACAAUACGAUGUGGAUCGAGGAGAUUCCGGCGGAAAACAAAUGCAAAGCCUCCAGGAACAAGGUGGCUUGUCAGCUUCUCUGGAACUUCAUCGACGUCUACUUCCUGAAGAAGUGCUCGGAUUAGAAGACGUGCGCAAUGCCCGGCGAGAGGAAGGCGGCAGGCUGGUGCAGGAAGUGUACGCCACGUGGUGCAGGAAGUGUACGCCACACAGUAGUUAGCUCGGUCAAUUGUGUGCUUUUAUUUUCAGUGCAUAUGACAAAGAACAAAAAAA